AUGAGGCAGACAGGUGUGUUGUCGAACUCAUAUAUUGUGCCGCUAUCGUCGAAGGUAAUUGCCAAUAUGUUGGGCAGACUGGAGGCAGGUGCUCUGUAUGAAUUGGCUCAACUAUGGACCAAAUGGCACGUUACAUAUCCCCACUUGACCAAAGAGUUGAAACAGAACAGAGUCACGCAACAGGAGUUUGCCAAGGAAGUCUGGUCUGAAAUCGAGAUCAUGAAGACCAAAAAGUACGCCAAAAGGAAACUCAUUGAUCGAAUCAUAGCGGAAUACUGGACCAAAGGACUGAACGCUCUUCAACUGGCCCAAAUUGAAAUUCAGGGAAUAGUGGAUAGACCUUCUGGCUAUUCGUGGGUAUCAUCGGUAGCGAAGGUGAUCUCGGAUGGAAGACCGGCUACAGAGGACUCAGACGAUUUCAUCUUCUCGCUGAGCUCUCAAGAAUUCUUGGAGAACCUAAUUAAAAGUCUUUCGAGUCUUUUUUUGACACAUAUCUAUGUCUCCAGACAUCCGAAGUACCCUUUGAUUAUGAUUCGAAUCCAGGUGUUUGAAUUCACGCAUUUGAGCCUGCGACGUGGGAAUGGAAGAGGAGGUAGACCAGAAAUCUACUCGCGAAAACCGUACUUCCUCGCCAUACCAAUGUCUUCCCCGCAUGUAAUACACAGUGAAGGCGAUGAUCUUGUUUCAAAUAUUGUGAUUCAGGCUGUGGAAAUGACCUUAUCUUCUACACAACGCCAGAUCAAGCUGGUGAAGUCAGCAGAACCCCCGGUGCGAAGCCUCGAUACGAUGCACAUAUUCAAGGGAGUUUCGCGGUUCUCCAACUCUCUGGGCAGUUGGGCUCCUUACGCUGAUGGCACGGUGGAUCUGUCGCCUUUGGCAGACCCUGUGAAUCAUCUGUCGCUCAAUCCAAGCCGUCUUGCUUCGUCUGAGGACAAAGAGAACGACGAUGCUUACCGUGUGCGGAAAGAGACUGCAGCAGUUCGGUUUCGUGGAACUUUAGGCAAAUUUGAGUCAGAAAGAAUGUAUGAACAUGUCACUCCCAUCAAGAGAAAACCGAUCGUGCUUGAAGGGGAAGACGAAGAUAUGGAUGAAGCAGGGAGAAAGACAGAGUACUCUUCGAUAGCACCAGUUCAGUUUGCGGAGUUCUCAGUAAGAAAGAGGGAGGGAACCGAGAAGUCUGCUACCUUCAAAAUGUUCCUUAUGGGAAACGACAUAUUUGCUGGGAUGCACGAGCUGGCCGUGCAAGGAGUGGUUGACAUAGACAGGAUACCCGGUUGGCUGACUGGGGCGGAGGGAAAUACUCCAGGAGUGAUAGAAGAUGGGGCCUUCAAAAAGAAGAAAAGGGUGUGA